AUGAGUGCCUUGGGGAGAGACUUCUUCAAGGCAAAGCUUGCCAAACUACCUGCAAUGCCUCCCCCUCCGCUAGGCGCCCUACCCGAAGAGCUUGAAGAGCUCGAAGAGCUAGAUAUCGAAGACGAAGACGAAGACGACUUCCCCGAUGGUUAUGGCGAGAAUGAUGAAUAUCACGAGGGGGUUCUUGACGACUCUUCCUCGGCUUCGAGUGCUUCGUCUACAUCUACAAUUAUAGCUCCACCGUCUAGACCGGAACUAACUGCCCGUCGACGGAAUAAUCUAGAACCAAUCCCCUGGAACCACCACUUCUCCGAAAACCUUCAAUUAACUCCAUCUUCUAACCCAACAUCUCACUUCAAUGCUUAUUACACCCCAAAUACCGGCUCGGGACCUUUGUUCGUCACCCAUCAUGGCGCCGGAUCCUCAGGUCUCUCCUUCGCAGCACUAGCCUCCGAAAUCCGUAAAAUCAACCCAGAAGCCGGUAUCUUCUCCUUCGACGCCAGAGGCCAUGGUGGAACCAGUACCUCCAACGACCAAGAUUUCAGUCUCUCCACAUUAUCCACCGAUCUAUACGAAGCCCUUUUGGCAGCUCAAGAGCAACUACGAUGGGAAUCUUUACCUCCCAUAAUACUUGUUGGACAUAGUCUCGGUGGCGCGGUAAUCACCGAUUUAGCCAAACGGGGUUUAUUAGGGGAUAGGUUACUUGCAUAUGCGGUUUUGGAUGUGGUCGAGGGAAGUGCGAUGGAUGCGCUGCAUAGUAUGCAAAGUUAUUUAUUAUCAAGACCAACUGGGUUUACGAGUUUAAACCAGGGGAUUGAAUGGCAUGUCCGUAGUCGGACGAUAAGGAACGGGAGGAGCGCUAGAGUUUCUGUUCCGGCUUUGCUAUAUGAUUAUAGUAAUUCUGGGGGGAGUGGUGAUGUGUCUUCUUCGUCUUCUACGGCUACUGCAAACAGUGGCGCUGCUGCCGUUGGUUCUAAUAGUAGGCCGUGGCGAUGGAGAACAGAUUUGGCAACGACGCAGCCAUUCUGGCAGGAUUGGUUUGUGGGGUUGAGUAGGAAGUUUUUGGAGGCUAAAGGGGGGAAAUUGUUGAUUUUGGCGGGGACGGAUAGGUUGGAUAAGGAGUUGAUUAUCGGGCAGAUGCAAGGGAAGUAUCAGCUUCUGGUUUUACCGGAGGUAGGGCAUUUUCUGCACGAGGAUGCGCCAGAGAAGACGGCUAUUGCUCUUGUGGAGUUUUAUAAGCGGAAUGAUAGAAGUGCUUUAGUUUUGCCAAAGAAGGUGUGGGAGAUGUAA